UUGUUUGAUUAAAGGACUGAGUGAAAAUUGAGUAAAACUUAUUAGAGAAAAUAAUCUCCAAUAAUAUUCUAAGGGAGAUCAUGAUCUCCCCUAGAAUAUUACUACAUAAUAGAUCUCCAUAGAAUAUCAUUAAAGAUAAUUUAAUAAGACCAAGUGAGAUUUGAUUCCUAAAUUAUAUUUAAAAAUGAUAAUAUUUACUCCAAUUAAAAUAAAAUUCAGUUAUCGAGGGACUAUUAUUAUUUAAAAAGAGGCGUAUGAUGGUUUACAACUUUAGAUUAGAGGGGAGCAAAAAGUAAUACUAAAGGAAGGAAAGACUAAAGAAUGGAAAUCAUGGGGAUUAUAUAUGUACAAGUGGGGGGACGUGGGGUUUGAUCUUCCUUCCCAUUCCUCUUAAAGAACUUCCCUUUCUCACUAGUCACUACUUAUACCAAACAAACCCUAUCACCUUUACCCCUCCUUCCUCUUCUUUCUUUUUCUUUUUCUUUUUCAAUCCCUAAAAUUACUCCUUUUUAUUUCUCUUUAUCCUCCUACUUUUAAGUUCUACUAUCAAUUUUCUUUGCUUCAAAUUAUUUUCUACAUGAUUUAUAUAUUAUGUUUAUAUUAAUUUCAUGUGGUUAUUUUUUAUAUUUAAUUAUUAAUCAUGAGUAUGCCUGGCUCCCUGUAUGCCAUACGCAGAGCCCAUCGAAUUAUCAAUGGCCUCCAUGGAUGGCGUAUGAGGAGCCAAGCAUACCCUUUUAUUUAACCUUGUUUAUUUUUACUAAUUAUUAUUGUUGUUAUUUUUUUUUUUAUCAUUUGCUUGUUUAAUUAUUCUUUUUUCCUUUUAGUUAUAAUUAAGUUAAUAUUAUUUUUUUUUGAUUAUUACAGUUGAGUUUGUGUGGCUGGAUGAAAUUGACAAAUAAACUGGGUAUGUGACUUUGAAGUUAUUGGUAAUUUGGUACAUGGCAUCCAUAAGCAAGGUCCUUAGUAUUGUUAUUAGUUAUCCCAUCUAUAUCAACUUCAAGCAGAGAUUAAAGAUACUAAAGAGAAGGAUUUUUGCUGCACUGAGCUGCAAAACUUGCUUUAAUUAAGGUGACCACACAUAUUUUCUCGACUUAGUUGUCAAACUAUCCGAAUAUUGUAAGCUUGAUAAUUGUAUAUGGUACUCUUAAGACUCUAUAAUAUAUUUUGGAGUUUUAAUUAUCAGUUUACGCUUUUGGUUGAAUUAGUUUUGAACAUGGUAUCAGAAGUCAGCAUGAUAAGAGAUCUUUGAACCUCAACCAUGCACCCCUCAUUUAAGGUGGAAUAUUAAGCGUCAGGUUCAUAAACUUGCAAAUUACUACUUCUUGGUGAUCUACAGCUUAUUAAGGUACCUUUUUAUUAUAGAUUUUUUAGUUCUUGUUAUUUUUAAAAAAUAUGUCAUUUAUAGUGGUCAUUUACACUUAAACUCUAUAAAUAUGUGAAUAUGUCAAAUGUAGUUGUUAUUUGCCAUGAUCUUCAUAAUGAGGUUGUUUGUUCAUCAAUUUAAUGUAGAAAAUUUUUAAAUUUAGUGUAGAGAAUGUUUGAAUGCAAAUCGUAAAUUUGUAAAUUAUAUAUAUUUAUGCAAUCAAUAAUCAAUGUUCCUUGUUUUUAAAUGUUGUUAUGAAUGUUGUGAACUCUAGUUGUGAGGGUUGUUGAACAAUGUACUUACUUUCUUAUGAACUUGAUGGUGAUGUUGAUUUUGUACGUAUUGUUGUAGAAAUAGCUUCAUUUCGUGUGACUAUUGUAUGUUUUUGGAAUGGUUCAAUUCGAUCAAGUAGUAGCAAUGUUAAGUAUGUUGGGGGAAGACGUAAACUGUUUGCAUGCAACCCAAACAUUGAUUUGAAUGAAUUUAAACAUCUUAUAUGCUUUAAGAUUGGCAUUAACACUACAAGAAGUACUGUUAAUGUAAGUUUUAAAUACAAUCUGAGUGGAGAAUUGUUAGCUCUUCCGGUUGAGGAUGAGGAGGCUAUAGAUGCAAUGUGGGAGUAUUCAAAGUUUACCUCUAUUCUUUCUUUAGAGUUAUAUGUAGAAGAGGUACCCCUAGAGAAUCAAGAUGUCAAUGUUAUAGAAACAAAUGCAGUCCUGAAUGUAACUUCUUCUGCUUCUUCUUCUACGCCUUUCUCUACCCAAGAAACCCAAAAUCCCAUUAUGCCAUCUUCCUCUUCUCCUUCUAAUGAACCCAAUCAACUUGAACUUGAAGUCUCAAAUGAUGAUACGAUUAACUUAGAAGAUACAAAUGAGCCUUGGGAUGAUGUUAAUAGUCAGAGUAAUGAAUUCGUUGAAGCUUCUUCUGAGGACGAUGUGGGUGUUUAUGAGGAGGCUCUAGCUAAUGACAUGACCUUAGGCAACAUUCCAACAAUCGUUGCUCCUACACCUUAUGCACUAGUUCCCCCUUUAGAAUAACAUGUUGAGGACAACUCUUGGAGGUCUUGGGCAUGUGAUACAACCUACACCGAUGAAGGAGUGUAACGACCCGGUUUAAGUGACUCGGAAAUUCAUAUGAAAAUACGAAUUCUGGUUCACUCUUCGGACUCUAGAGAAAAGUCUCCUCUAGGAUCGUCAACGUUCCGUCGAUAAAGAAAUAUAAUUAAAACAUAAAACAGUGCCAACGCGAAAGAAACAAGUCAGCGAAAGUUUUUACGUACAACUCGAGAGCCUAAUGGCCUCUAGAUUAACUAAAGAAAAUAGACGAAAGCGAAAAGAAACCAACACAAUCUCUUGUUACAUAAUUCGGAGUUAUAUCUACUCAUAAUCUUAUUACAAAAAGGAAACAUAGUCUUGAUGAUUACGGGUUCUAAGUCGAGCCCUCACUCCAGUCCCCACCUGAAAUCAACCUACUAGUCGUCGUGUGACAACACGUAGCAGGUUCCAAAUAACAAUCUAAUACACGUCAGAGACUUCAUACAAAUGUCAAACAGGUUGAAUACAAGCAAUGUGUUUAUCCUAGCAUGCAUAGGCUCUAAUACAUUCAUUAUUAGAUAAUUCCAACUUGUAACGUAGCCCGUCCUGUUCGGGUCGUUGAAUUAUAAAUCAAAAUCCUUUUUGGAGGAAUACACUUGGGAGAGCUAAUCCAAAGGCAACCACCGACCUAAGACGUUGCUCGUCCUGUGCGGGUCGUCAGAGGUAAAGUAUGCAUACCCCCAUGGUGACCGUAAUGAUCCAAAACUGCCAUGGGAACAAUAAUUGUAAUAAUCUAAACCAAAACGUUAACCCCUUUGGGUAACAAACACAUAAAUCCUCAACUUCCAAGUAAUUUCUUUCAGAUUAUUUGAGAUGUCUAAUCCUUAUGUGAUUUACAAUGCCUCGAUUAGAAAUGAAACAACACUACUUGCACAACCAUAUAAACAGUAUGGUCUAAGCGUGUACCUUAAAGUGCUGCAAACAAAACGAAGUUCAAUCACGAUAGGAAUUUCACCCUCUUAUGAAUCGAGGUCCUAGACACCAUACACACACAAAAAAUCACGUAUUAGAACGUGUUUACACAUCUAAUCCACUCCAUACUAUUAAGACACUAUUAGGACUUAAUAAUUUUAAAUAGUUUCACCCAAAUCUUGCUAGUUCCAAAAAUUCGAAUUUAACCAGAAACUUAAAUGGUCAAUUCGGAAAGUUUGGAAAAUUCAAAUGGAAAAUCCGACUUCGCCACUGCGUCCGGAACGCGUCAAUUACCUUGGGUACUAAAUUUCAUAAUUUCUAACAUCCAAUUACUAUUUGUAAUUAUUUUAAGCGUUUAACGAGUUUUUAACGCAUCGAGUACAUAAAAACA